UGGACCUUGUCGAGGCUCAGAGCAGCUGAGACAGUGAAACCUCAGUUGACUAUCGCUCACUCGGGUGUCUCUUCCUCAACCAGGAGACAUUUUCAACUUUUUGUCUCAUAUUCUGCAUCAUCCGGACUGAACCCGGAGCUCUGUGUGUGUGUUUGUUUUGUUUUUUUUUAAUUUAUCCACCUCAGUCUGACCUAAACGUGCCAUGAGCAUCAUCCAGCUGGAAACCUAAACACUCCGGUGUGGAAGAGGGGAAGAUGCCUCAUGGACAGCUCCAUCCUCUCCAGUGCGCCAGUUCAGGGCAUCCCGGACGCCGAAUCGUAGAGAAAUGCCGAGGUUUAGCGCCAGAUGGAUGGUUGCGGUGGUGCUGAUCCUGGUGGUCAGCGGCGCCUUUUUCUUCUGCGAGUAUCUCAUCUACUUCCCGACCAUCUUCAAGUGCUCCUGGCCGAAAAUCAGCCAUGCACGGGGGGGAGAGGACAUCGACAGCCGGCCGACGGACACCGCGGUCCGCGCAAUGGUGCUGUCGGACACCCACCUCCUCGGAGCCGUCGGGGGACACUGGUUCGACAAGCUGAGGAGGGAAUGGCAGAUGGAGAGGGCUUUCCAGACCGCUCUGUGGCUGCUCAAGCCAGAGAUCGUGUUUAUUCUCGGGGAUAUCUUCGACGAAGGCAAGUGGAGCUCGCAGAAGCACUGGGAGGACGACGUGCGCCGCUUCCACAGGAUGUUCAGACACUCCACUGACACAGAACUGGUCGUACUAGUUGGAAACCACGAUAUCGGAUUCCAUUACGAGAUGGACUGGUUCAAGCUGCAGCGCUUUGAGAAGGUCUUCAACGCUUCCUCCACCAGGAUCGUCACCAAGAACGGGGUCAACUUCCUGCUGGUGAACAGCGUGGCUCUGCACGGCGACGGCUGUCCCAUCUGCCAGUCGGUGGAGAAGGAGCUGAUCAAACUCUCCAGAGACCUCAACUGUUCCCUUCAGAACUCGCAGUCGGGCGGCGGCGGGACAGACAGCUGUGAAGGUUCACAGCUCUAUCCUCCCACACCCCCCAUCAUGUUACAGCACUAUCCUCUGUACAGAGUGAGUGAUGCUGGCUGCACAGGCCAGGAUGCAGCGCCGCCUGAAGAGCGACACCUGCUGUUCAGAGAGAAGUAUGACGUGCUGUCAAAGGAGGCUUCACAGAGGCUGCUGCAGUGGUUUAAGCCCCGCCUUAUCCUGAGUGGCCACACCCACAGUGGAUGCGAGGUUCUCCAUGACAACAAGUACCCUGAAAUCAGUGUGCCGUCCUUCAGCUGGAGGAACCGAAACAACCCCAGCUUCAUCCUGGCGUCGGUGUCUCCCAGCAGUUACGCUCUAUCCAAGUGUUUCCUGCCAGAGGAGAGCACGGUCAUCGGUGUUUACUGUUCAGCCGGCGCCUGCCUGCUUCUCUUGUUCCUGGCCCAUUGUCUGUGGAUGAAAGGCCUACUGCAGUGUCUCAGCCUGUGCCUGCUGGGAAAACACAAGUCUCUGUGAACUACAUUACCCACAGUGCACCACAUGUGAGGGAUGAGCCACGAGCAGGAAUCGUCUGGUAAAUACUUGUAAAGGGCCAAAAAAUCUGUUCAUACAAAUUUUACUCUGUUUGUCAUGUUUGCAGCACUGUGAAGGACAAAUCUAUUUCAAAGUCUUUAAAAGGACCUGAAGCUUGUUCAAUCACUCAUGAUGAUAAUGAUGAUAACGAUGAUGAUGAUGUGUGGUUAAAGCCCAUGCUGACAAAGAUGUGGGCCAAAUCACUGUUGCGUGUCUUCACUGGUGUUUGUUUUAACUACCUGGGAAGUGGAAGAUGGGUGCAGCUUACUGCAUCAAGAAAAUGAAACAUGGGGAUGCUGUCGAUCACAGAUAAAAUAACUUUCACUGACUUUCCAACACAUUUCCUGUGACUGUGGAAAUGCACAUACGGAUUAAAAAGUAGGACAAAUCAAGCAGGUUUAAACGGUGUGUAAAUAUUAUUUGUCUAAGGUGGUGAAGUCAGAUGUAUGUUGGUGGUUUAUGUCUCUUCACCCUGAUGUUACCUGUGAUCUGAUGUAAACACACUGAUCAUUUCACAUGUUGAACACUUGUUUUUGUUGUUGUCUGAUUAUACAUACAUUCAUCCAGUUUUCUGGGUUUUAUGACAUAUCUGAAUAUAUUUACUGCUGACUUUCUGUGCCAAAUGUUUGUGAAGGUUUUUGCCAAAUUGUUGAAAUGUUUCAGAUGAACUGUACAGAAUAAAUCCGAAUCUUGA